AUGGCUCAGCUUCAGUCCACAAUCUUAAUAUUUGCUUCCAUUUUCGUAAUCUCAUCCUCAAACUUCAUCCAGCCUCCUCAUCCCUUUGAUCCCUUGACUGAGACCGAACUCAAACUCAUCCGUAACGUCAUCAAUAAAACGUACCCCGUUGGUCCGAAGCAUAAGUUCACUUUCCAGUACGUUGGUCUCAACGAGCCCGAUAAGUCCUUAGUCUUGUUGUGGCAUUCAUCACCGCACCACAACGUCAAACCACCGCCACGUCAGGCGUUCAUCAUCGCCCGAGAGAAGGGAAGGACCCGAGAGAUCGUCGUUGACUUUUCUUCCCGAUCCAUUGUCUCGGACAAGAUCCACCUAGGCAAUGGUAACCCUAUGCUUACUAACGACGAGCAGGAAGCAGCCACGGCACUUGUUCGCAGGUUUAAGCCGUUUCGUGAAUCUAUCAAGAAACGCGGCUUGAAAUUAUCGGAGGUUGUGGUCACGUCCUCAACAAUGGGAUGGUUCGGUGAGACCAAGACCGAUAGGCUUAUAAAAACGAUACCGUUUUACCUCAACGGGUCGGUGAACCCGUAUCUUAGACCUAUUGAAGGAAUGACAAUAAUCGUAAGCCUUGAAAAGAAGAAGGUAACAGAGUUUAAGGACAGGUUCAUGGCUCCUCUGCCCAAGGCCAACGGGACGGAGUACCGUAUCUCAAAGCUCAAACCGCCCUUUGGCCCGGUGCUUCGAAACGCCGUCGUUUUACAGCCUCACGGUCCAGGGUUCAAGAUUGAUGGACACAUCGUGAGAUGGGCAAAUUGGGAGUUUCACAUGUCUUUUGACGUUCGAGCCGGUCUUAUCAUCUCUCUCGCAUCCAUUUUCGACAUGGACAUGAAGAAAUACAGGCAAGUCCUAUACAAAGGCCAUUUGUCGGAAAUGUUUGUACCUUACAUGGAUCCAAGUGCUGAUUGGUACUUCAUCACUUAUCUUAAUUGUGGUGAAUUUGGCUGCGGCCAAUCCGCCGUGUCACUUGAGCCGUACACUGAUUGUCCCGCGGGUGCCGUUUUCAUGGAUGGUAUCUUCGCGGGUCAAAACGGAACUCCUACAAAAAUAUCAAAUGUCAUGUGCAUUUUUGAAAAGUUCGCCGGUGACAUUAUGUGGCGACAUACCGAAGCUGAGGUUCCCGGUUUAGAAAUCACAGAGGUAAGACCGGACGUAAGUCUUGUUGUCCGGAUGGUGACGACUGUGGGGAACUAUGACUACAUCAUUGAUUACGAGUUCAAACCUUGCGGUUCCAUAAAAAUGGAGGUUGGUUUAACCGGUGUUUUAGAAGUUAAACCGGUGGAGUAUGUUCACACGUCGGAGAUCAAAGAAGAGGAUAUCCACGGGACAAUUGUCGCAGACAACACCGUUGGAGUAAACCAUGACCAUUUCGUGACAUUCCGUCUUGAUCUUGACAUCGAUGGUACGGACAAUUCCUUUGUCCGAAACGAACUUGUGACCAAGAGGAGUCCGAAAUCUGUUAACACACCGAGAAAAAGCUACUGGACGACAAAGCGAAAGACAGCGAGAACCGAGGCAGAGGCUCGGGUGAGACUAGGACUGAGAGCGGAGGAGCUGGUUGUGGUUAACCCUAACCAGAGAACAAGGCAUGGCAAUGACGUUGGAUACCGUUUAUUUCCUGGGCCGGCUUCAGGCCCACUACUGACCCAAGAUGAUUACCCACAGAUACGGGGAGCAUUCACCAACUAUAACGUGUGGAUCACGCCGUAUAAUAAGUCCGAGGUUUGGACUAGCGGUUUGUACGCCGAUCGUAGCCAAGGCGACGACACAUUAGCCGUAUGGUCUCAAAGGAAUAGAGAAAUAGAGAACAAAGAUAUAGUCAUGUGGUACACCGUUGGAUUCCACCAUGUCCCAUGCCAAGAGGAUUUUCCGACGAUGCCUACUUUAUCCAGUGGCUUUGAACUCCGGCCGGCCAAUUUUUUCGAGCAAAAUCCUGUCCUCAAGACUAAACCCUUUAAACUCACUACUACUCCAAAGUGUACUCCCAAGACCGAUUCAUAA